AUGGCGACAGCAACCGGCAAAAUUUCUUGUGUUAAAUGCAAAAAACCAAAAAACACUGUAAAAUGUGGUGGAUGUUCCCAAGACUUGUGCUUAGAUCACGUGAUUGAGCAUCGUAAAGAACUGAGCGAACAAUUAGAUACAGUUGAAGAUCAAGUUAAUCAGUUCAAAAUUGACGUUGAGGAACGAAAAGCUGAGCCACAAAAGCAUGAAUUAAUGAAACAAAUCGAUAAAUGGGAAAGUGAAUCGAUCGAAAAGAUUCGACAAGUGGCUAAUGAAACUCGUCGUGCACUCUCAUCGUGUGUCAUUACGUUCGUCACAGAUCUUGAUUUAAAAUUGGAGCAGCUUAUACAACAACUCAUUCAAUGUCGGAAAGAAAAUGAUGUUUCUGAUCCAGAUGUUCAGUUUUUUAAUGAAGAACUUAAGCGAUUGAAAGACAUUCUUAAUAAUCCACCAAAUUUCAAAAUUGAAUAUGAUUCAACAUUAUUCAUCAAUAAAAUUCGUUUUGGAAUGAAAGGUAAAUAG